AUGGACUACUACAAUAUAAAGAAAUUUGUAUGUGAAACAUCCGGAAACUCCAAUUUCACAUUUUUCGAAGCCCUGAAAGUUGAACAAAGUGAAAUGAGCAUGAUGGAGGCAAGAUUUCCGGAUCCAGUUAAGGAGCCAAUUCUGCGAUACGUGUCAUUUUCUACAACUCCAAGAAUUGAUGCUCUAGUUGAUGAAGUUUACGCAAAAUUCAAGGACGAUUUUUUCCCAGGGGAUCAGGUAGUGGUCAAAACAGAUUCUGGCGAUAAAGUACACGGAGUUGUGCGUGAGAAAGCAAGAUUCAAUGCCAUCACCUUGCCUGAUGGAACGGUGAAAGAGGGUUACUGCUCUUACCGAGUUCUUCUUCAAAAUAACGAGGAAAUUACCGUGAACUCCAUUUCACAAAUCGCCAGAGAAAGGAAUUCUUUCACCAAAUGGUACGUUAAAGCAUUUUUGAAAAUGAGUCUCACCAGAUCCACUAGACUUGGUUCUCCUUGGGUCUUGAAAGACUCAGUCGCAAAAAAAUACAGGAUUUCAUUGGAGUAUCCUGACCAUCUCAAACAGUAUGAACAUCCAAAGGAUUCACUAAGAAAGAUCACGCUCACCAAUAAGCUCAAAGCUGAUGAACACAUAUUUGACAAUCUCAAAGAAACUCCGCCUACCGCUCAUGAACAAGAAAAUGGGUUCACAUUGCAGUUAUGGAAACAAAAAUGGUAUGAUGCUCUGAAACACUGUACAGUCUAUUUCCAGGAUACUCCAGAAAGUGAUGCCGACCCAGAGAUCAAACAGAAAAUUCUUACCCUUUUCCAAUAUUCAAGCGUCAAAGUUCUACCGAAAUUUGACCCGAAGACCGUUAACUUUUUGGUCACUUCUAUCCCCUACUCUCCAAAAGCCGUAUACACGCCUGACAAUAUAUUCUAUCAUGUUCUCGACAACAAAAUUAAAGUCUGGCAUUAUGAAAAGUGUUUUCGGUUUUUUAAGAGCUUGAACAUCACAUAUAGAAAAAUCAUGACAGCUCAAACUCAAAUAGAUGAGAAUUCAGCAUCUCCGGACGUGACGUCUCCUAAUCCUAACAAUGGUUACGUUGAUAUAUUGCCUGCCUCUGGAUUGAAACCACAGGCCGCAACUCCUUUGGAUUCAAGAAGUUCGACUCCUAUCAAUGUGUUUAAUGGCAGCAAAUUCAGGCCACCAGGGCUUAUUGAUGACCUGAAGCUGCCGUUUCGCGGGGUCUCAAAAUCACGUCCCAAAAUUAUUAAGCUUCCAGGGAUACAAGAUAGUUCUGAUAUUCUGGAAUCGUGGAUAUUUUUGAACAUGUAUGCAAAAGCUCUAGUUAUCGACAAUUUCACUUUUGACGACUAUUUCGCUGCAUUAAGAUGGGAAGAUGAGGAGACUAUCUGUCCGUUGCUUAUGGAGAUUUACUGUGGUAUGUUCAAGGCUUUCAUGGAUGGUAGACGUCGUCUUUUAGUUACAUUACCAAAAGAAAAUGUUCUUGACAACGGAGAUGAUGAUGAUAAAUUGAACGAUGACGAUCAGCCUGAUGAUGAUGUUUCCGAAAUCAAAACGGAGUCGCCUAAAGUUCUUGCGCAGGAUGAAGAUGAAAAAGCAGAACUCUCUCAUGAAGAAGACGAGGCGGAAGAGGAAAUCAUCAACCACAAUGCAUAUUCUUUCCUGAGAUACAAAAAUCGUCCAUGGGAAGAUAGGCUGGCAACGCGUCAAUUCAAAGAGGGAAAUUGGCUUAUGGUGCUGAUCGGAAUAAUGGCGACAGUCGAGUUCUUGCCAGAGUACAAAGCUGACAUCAACCGUAUAUUCGAAAUCCUUGCCCCAGCCGAGGAAGCAUCAACAGCUGAAACAUUGCAACGGAACUACUUCAAAAAGCUUUCGGCUGAAGAUCGUGCGAAGACCAUUGCUAUAAUGAUGUCACUGCUUUUAAAUGGUACUGUGAUUCGGUCUCAUAUCGAUAAAUGUUUGGAAGAUGCAACUGCCCUUAGGCGUGACCGGCUUGAGCUCAUAAAAGAGUUCAAGGUGAUUAUGGAUCAGGCAAUUGUGAUUCAAAAGAAUAUUAUCGAAACUCUGAAGCCUAUCACGACUGCUCAAAUAAAGAAUUGGAACCAUGACCCUGAAAAAACGCAAGAGCUUAUUGAGCAAAAGAAAAAGGUUAGUAGGCUGGGUUUCAGCUACCUCCCACCCGAGCCAACUGCUCUGGAGAAGGCUGUAUGCGCUAGUAAUCCGGAUUUCAUGAAACUCAUUAAACAAAGGGUGGAGAAGAUGAAAGAAAUCGAUGAGAUGAAACAAAAGCGCAGGAACCUGGAAAAGAGCUUGAACGAAAUCGAUUGUCAAAGAAUUUGUUACAUUGGCCGUGAUAGAUUUUACAACAGAUACUGGUGGUUUGAGAAAAAUGGUCUCCCUAACUUAAGCUCGACCGCACACCAUGACGACGAAGAAGAAGAUGGAGCCGACAUGAGCGAUGCCGGCUCUGAGUAUGAAGAGGAGUCCUAUUUAAUGGGACGGUUGUGGAUUCAGGGUCCUGGUGAUGAAGACCGUAAAGUUUUCCUAAAGUUUGACGAUGAUCAGUUAAAGAGAUGGAACGAAAUAGUACAUGGGUCUUCGGAAAAUGCUAGCAAUGACAAGGUAGUCGGGAUCGAUCCAACUGAUAAACAGAAAGAUGUAACAAAUGCGGCUGCUAAUGUUAAAGAUGACAAAGAGAAAGAGUCUGUGAGAGAUCCUCAUUUUGUCGAGGCUGCGCGAGCUCUCUUUGGUCUCACAUUUGAUGAAGGAGAAGUGAGAGACGAAAAAGGAUUUGUGGUUGUGGACAAGUAUGGCUCCACCAUAGAGAGACAAUUUAGUUCUAUCGAGCGAAAAAUUCUAGAAGAGGGCAGCGAUAUCUUGGUAUCGUCAUCUGACUGGGGAUACCUUGAGCGUCCAGAGCAGAUUGACGAACUAUUGAGAUGGCUAAACAUCGAGGGGGAGCGGGAAAAGCAUCUACGCAAAAAAAUAGUGGAUCUUCAAGAUCAGAUUACUAACAGUUUGAGUUCUAGGGUUAAAACUGUUGGAAUCGGCUGCAAGUCAGAUGACGAGCUGAAAUUUGAGAAGGUGAUUGCUGAGACAGAAAUAAGUGAGGAUGAUGACGAAGGCGGUGACGAAGAACAUGGUUCUCAGGAGGAGGAUGAUAGCAACAAAGCAUCCAUACGUUCCGAGGCUAGGAAACGGAAGCGUGAUGAUGAUGAAGUUCGAAUGCCAAAACGAACUAGAAGAGGUGGGAAACGCGAUUUGGAGAAACAAAUGAUGAAAGAACGUCAAGCAAAACUGGAUAGAUUGGAACAUGCAAAAGAGAUGCUGCAUUCUUUGAGGACAGACAGAGACAGGCAGAAUCUACUGUCAUGGGUGAAUUCUCGCGCAGUGGAAACUUACGGUUACUCUCACUAUGAAGGCCCCAAGAUUGCUGCAAAGUCUAUAGGAAGAGGUCGUAAGAAGGCUGGAAGAUAA